AUGGCACCUCCUCCAUUAAAUAUUCAAUCUAAGCUUAAGAUUUCAUUGAAGACGGCUAUUAGUAAAUUAAAGUUUAUUCAGGAUAAGAAAACUGCAUUGGCAAAACAACAACGUAGACUGUUGGCAGACCUUUUGAAUCAAGGAAAAGAAUCAAGUGCAACUAUUCGAGUCGAAAACCUCAUUCGUGACGAUAUUUAUGUUGAAUUACUUGAAUACAUUGAGCUUUAUUGUGAACUCUUAUUAGCUAGAAUAACCCUUGUGUCAGAUCCCGCUAGAACUACUUGUGACGAAUCCUUAAAAGAAGCAAUUCAAUCAGUAAUUUAUGCUUCACCUCACACGGAAUUGAAAGAGAUUGCAGCAAUUCGAGAUAUUCUUGUUCACAAAUAUGGACCAGAGUUUGGUAAGAGUGCAAUAGAGAAUGAAGAUGGACAUGUUCCCUCUAAAAUUGUCAGUAGAUGCGAAUUCACUCCACCUUCAGAAAUGCUCGUUAGGCUUUAUUUGAGCGAAAUUGCCAAAACUUAUAAUGCACCAUAUUCUCACUUGGAGAAGAGUGAGCCAAAGGAUGAAGAGAAGGAUAAUUCGGACGAUAGUGAUGACCCCACUGGUGGGGAAUCUCUAAAGAACCUUGAACAGCCAAUUGCAGUUGGUGACUCAAGUACUGUUUCAGCUCCCAAGAGUGCCGCUGCAGCUCAAAGAGAUGACUUUGAUGCUCUUAAGGCUAGGUUUGCUGCCCUUAAAGGUUCUAGUUGA